AUGAACCACAACGAAUCUCUACCCUCACAGCCCGGUAUAAGACGUUACUUUCAUGUACAACGUAUAGGUUUUGCCGCGCUUGGUUUGAAUAUCACUUCUAUGGAUCGCACAUUGCAUAAUUACUUUCAUGUUUGGUUUCCCGCUUUCGUACUAUUUGCUUUCUAUUUCCCUGUUUUAUCGUAUGCUUUUGAAAAUGCCCAGGAUUUGAAAAAGCUUACAACUACGUUGUCACCAGUUUGGCAGUCCAUUAUAGCACAUUUUAAAAUCUUAUAUAUUAUGUGGAAUAGAAAGAAGGUUGUAUCGCUAAUACGAAAAAUAUGGUUUUUGAAUUUAGAGGCCAAAAAUGAAGAACAUAACAUAGUAGUUGCCGAAAAUCGCAAAGAUAUUAUAUUUAGUACUUUUUAUAAUUGGGUUGCGCAUAUAACUGGUCUCAGUAAUCUCUUGGCUCCCCUAUUUGUUGCUACUUACUACGCUCUACAAGGUGAAAGUUUUUGGGAAAUCCUAGAAAUACCAUCAAGAGGAAAUUAUAUCGUUCACAAAAAAUCCAUAGCUGGUUAUGUAUUUGUUUACAUAUGGAAUAUAAUUGGAACAUAUUAUGUCGUAUUUGCUUGUAUAGCGGCUGAAACCUUAUUUUCUUGGUUUAUGUUUAAUAUUGUAUCACAAUUUCAUAUACUUAGGCAUCGUUUGCAUCAGGCUGGUAUUGAAAACGAUGGCAACUGUUCUACGAAAACUAUUACCGAUUGUAUUGCUUUCCAUUGUCGUGUCAUCGAUUUGGCCAAUGAAUUUAAUAAUGCAUUUGGUUUGGUGAUUUUUGUUAAAUUCCUUGUAAGUUGCAUGCAAAUUUGCUGUUUGGCAUUUCAACUAAGUCGUGGAGAUGGUGAACUAUUCGAUAAACUAUAUCAUUUUUUAUUUUUACUAACGGUAUCGGUGCAAUUGAUGAUGUAUUGCUAUGGCGGUCAGAUGAUACAGGAUGAGAGCAGCUCCAUUGCUGAUAUCAUUUAUGAAAGUUUUCACUGGGAAAAAUUGUCGUUGACCAAUAGAAAAAUGUUAAUUUUUUCCAUGAUGCGUUCUCAAAAGCCCAUUAAUGUUUCGGGUAUAUUUUUUACAGCCAAUUUAAAUUUGUAUUUGUGGGUUUAUCGUACCGCAGCUUCGUUUAUUACAUUACUCAAGACUAUGGAAGAAGAUAGGUUGGAGUAA